ACCUCUCGCAGAGCGCGUCGCACGUCCGAGUACCGGCCGCCGCCCGUCAUCAGUAGUCGCCGUACCGCGCAGCCACGUAACCUCUCACCUUCUCCUUAGUUUUUAGUAGUCAGUAGUAGGGGAGAGUGUGGAGAGAAAGAGGAGAAAGAGAGAAAGAGAGGGAGAGAAAGUGAAAAAGAAGAGAAAAAAAUUUUGCGGAAGACCGUAAACGAGAAAUCAGCGAGAAACCGACUGUGAGAAAUAAGGGAGAAAACGAGAGGUCGACAGCCUGUUUUUUCGUCGUGAUCUGUACUCAUCGUAGCAGUCGUUUAUCGUCGUCGUCAUCGACGUCGUCGUUGUCGUUACCGUUGUCGUCUACGUCUACGCGGUGGUCGUAUCUGCCCCCGGUGCCGUCGUCGUCGUCGUCGUCGUCGUCGUCGUCGUCGCCGUCGUCGUCGUCGUCGUCGUCGUCGCCGCCGUCGUCGUGAUCCGGCUCGACGCGACCAACGCGCGGAUAAUUUCGUCGCAGCUCGUUGCCGCGGCAAAAACGAAGAAGCUGAGAGAAGUGCUAACCGUGAAACGUACCGCAUGUACGUACCGUACCACGUACCACCGUCCUGUCGUCGAUAAAUCAUCGCGCGACAACAGCGGAAAAACAACCCCUCGCGCAACCACCGAAAACGACGGAGCGCCGCGCGUUCGGGCGACCAGGGAAACAGAGUGAGACCGGUGAACAACAGAGAGCACGAAGGAGCACGCGUGGAGAACCGAAAAGGCGCGAGUAAACUUAUCGAGGGAACACCGAGGAUCUUGACUGUCAAAAGUCGCGUGAAAGUGCGUGUCGUGCCGUGACAUCGGAAGCGUUGACACGCGGUUAGAUCGGAGUCGAGUAGAGCCGAGGCGGUGUUUUGCCCGAGAUCAAACACGGUUCAGCUGACGACGCGGUCAAAGGCGGAAGAGUAUACGAGAACCGAACAGGGCGGCUAUCGGUAGUGACCGACUGUCACUGCCACUGGUACUAGUGUCAUCGUAGACAGAGUAACCCCGGGCACGCGAGAGCGUUGUCAUAACGACGAGCAGUGCGCCGCGCGUCGCUAUGGAGCCACAGAAUCAGGAAAUCGUUGCGAGCGGUUCACCAGCCGAGGUGCCGAACGAUCCGGGGAAAAUGUUCAUCGGUGGUCUAUCUUGGCAGACCAGUCCAGAGAGCCUCAGAGAGUACUUCACCAAGUAUGGGGACAUCACAGAAGUCAUGGUCAUGAAAGAUCCUACCACGCGACGAUCAAGGGGUUUUGGAUUCAUCACGUUUGCAGAUCCCGCGAGUGUAGACAAAGUGCUGGCACAGGGUAAUCACGAGUUGGACGGCAAGAAAAUCGACCCGAAGGUAGCGUUCCCUAGGAGAACACAUCCAAAGAUGGUGACAAGGACAAAGAAGAUAUUCGUCGGUGGACUUUCGGCACCGACGACACUGGAGGACGUGAAAAACUACUUCGAACAGUUCGGCCCGAUCGAAGAUGCCAUGCUGAUGUUCGACAAGCAGACCAACAGGCACAGAGGCUUCGGCUUCGUCACGUUUCAAAGCGAGGACGUGGUCGACAAAGUCUGCGAGAUUCAUUUCCACGAAAUCAACAACAAAAUGGUCGAAUGCAAGAAAGCACAGCCGAAGGAAGUGAUGCUCCCGGCGAACCUGGCGAAGACGAGAGCAGCCAACAGAGGCGCAUACGAUUUUAUGUGGUCCCUGGGAGCAUUACCUGAUGGUUUCCCUGCGGCGGCGUACGCGGCAUACGCGGCAAGCCGCGGCUAUUCUGGGUAUCCUAGUUUCGGACUGCCCUACCCGACAGGAGCGGUCGUGUACCGCGCAGUGGGGCCAAGGGUGGGCCGAGUGUCCGUGAGCCCCAGCGGGGGUUGCACCGAGGAGGGCAGACGUCUGGGACAGGACUAUUGCCGAGGCCCGAUGUGGUGACGAAGACUACCACGAAGAUGCAGUCACCUAGGGGCGAGUAAUCUACCAUCUACCUAAACCUACUGUCUCUUAGAAACGUCGUCGUAUUAUACAGUGGUUUUUUAUUAUUAUACAUUAUUCAUAGUAAUCUGAUCUAACGUGACCACGACGGGGUGACAAUUUAUACUCUCCCCUAAUUUAUCGUACUGUACAGAAACAGUAAUUAUCAUGAUUUUGGUGCACAUGACGUAAAAAAGCAUCCCGUGGUGGCACGAAGAUUGUAGACAACUUAGACAGACCGAGCUGAACAGUUCUAAAUAGCCUCUGGUUAGAAGCAGUCAGUAGUAAAAGAAAUUCGUUGUCAACUUGACGUUUGUAACUUAACGUUUACAGUAAUUAACUUAGUUAGACCUUAUAAGAUUGCCAACUAAACGUGCGACGGCUGAGGAAAUUAAUUGCGAUUCGCGUCUCUCUAUGAAUAGUCCGGAUCGUGUUUGUCCGAGAUUCCGACGGGACACGCGCGAGAGUAACGUGAGACAAGGCUAGUUGGCAAUCUUAACGGUGUUUAGGCUAUAUUAAUUAGUCAGAGUUUCGAGUUAAAAAUAGAACGACAGAUCGACCGAUCGUAAGACAGUAUCUUUACACGUUGGAAGAGAAUUUUUAUGUGUCGUCUCAGUUUGAUUAAAUGGUUAUAGACACAGUAGUAUAACGAAUACUGGCGAGCUUGGAGGCCUCGGCGGUCGCCGGCGGUCCAGGAAAUAGCGUACGGGCCGUCUGCCGACCACUGCGACCUCAAAACCGUCGAUCCAUAGUUUAUAGAAACAAUAUUUUGAUAGAAAAGUAGAUUAGAGCGUAGAUAGUAUGAGAGUGGUACCUUUAUUUUGUGUGUCGUGUGUAUAUCCGCAGACUCUUAACUGUCCGUAUCUUUUCAAUACGUAUUAUAUUACUACAUUAAUUAUUAUUAUCACCCUUUUUCUAAUGUACUGACCAACCCGCUACAUCUGCGAAUAGUAUUUUUUUGGAGUUACUACUUAGUACUUGAGUACCCGUUACCUCGAACCGUUGUUAUCACUGUUUUAAUACCGUUGGAGUUUACUAGUGUGUUAGAACGCUAUAUUUAGUUGAUUAUCUUAGCGGCGUGAGGUACAGUUUUUACGCGUACGUAGUACUUACUUAGAACAUUUUCGAGGGCUGAAGGUAUAACUGGAUAUCUAUUUAUAUAUAAUAUAUAUUACACGUUUCACCGCUAUUUUAUGCCCAUAACCCAUACCAUUCGAAGGCUCACGAUUAUCAUUAUAUAAUCGUUUUUAUCUAUAUAUUUAUUAGUUGAAUACGUGUGCGUAGUUUAGGAUGUGCUGAGUUUGGACAAUAUUAAAAUUUGAUCGUCCACCCCUUUUUUAACGCUUCGAGUUCUCGUGGUUGCACGAGGGACACGAACGGAGUUCAUAACAGGCCCGGCGCUGUUCACCGACUCACUAUUAACUGAUCAUCGACGUCGCUGUUGAUUGAGCGCGUGAUUCGUCCAGUGUGUGUUGCUUCGUCGAGGCUCUAACGCUUGGAGCAUAUUUCAGGGUAACAAGGCCGCUUUUUCGCAGCACGAAUGAUCGAGCCGCAGGUCGCUGAACGCUUGAAUCACGCAUUAAUAAAAUGAUACACGGACUCCCGUUACGCACGGUAAUCGCGCGCUAAACGCGUUUACCGAAACGAUAAUAAAUUUCGGCGAACCGCUGCUGGUGAAAAAUUCUACUGCACGCCGCGCGUAAAAGUUUCAUUAAUCGAUCGGCAUUCUCUUCCCCUCUUGUCGCCUCGUAAACCUCGUCAUAUUUAUUUCUCCCCCGUCUGCAUUACCAAUAACGCUCCGCUUCAACCGUCCGCCGAUAUUUCAAGAAGACGUAUUUUAUCAGCGGCUCCGUGAUACAUAUCUCCCGCCAUCCAAUCCUGUCUGAAGAAAACGAAUCGGUGCUCGUGCUAACGCCACACGCGAGGGACACGUGUGUGCAUAGGAAUAUCAUAUAGAAAUGUUCUGUUAAAGGAGACGACACGUGCACGUUAUUGGCCACUCUAAAAAUUGCCGUAUCGAUCCAUGAAAUAGUUCCGCUCUUCCGCGAUGUGUAACCAACCGAACAGCUCAUUCGACAUUCACUUCUCAAUUUCGAACGAUAUUUCCUACUAUAUGAGAAUCCAAUAGGCACUCGUUCGUAACGAGGAACUCGAUCGAAUUCCAAUUCUUAUUCUUCUAAUCCGAAAUAUUUAUUGCUUUGAUCCGCCGAUAGUAGUUAUAAUUUUCUUUCGUUUCUCAGUUCUCGUGUUUCAAGCGUUAAACGGAUUGAAAAAUUGAUUGGCCCGCGAUCAGGCGACGCGAGGCUGACCAUUUCGGGAUCGGUUCUCCUGUCAAGAGAUGUCACAGUUGCCCUGCUGUCCGAUAUGUUUCGCGUACCAGGAACAGAUUUCGCGGGUAGCUUCCACACCCUCGAUCAUAUCUACGUCAGCUGGAGAUACACUCCAAAUAGAUGAACUCUUGGCCUAGAUCUUUAUACGUCCCGUGUCGCGUCGUUUCAAUGAAAGCGAUCGAAUCCCGGGAGCGUUAAGAAUUUCGCCUCUGCACGAGAGUGCACACGUGUGCUUUCAACCAUCUUACUGCUUUUCCCGUUCGCGCGUGUACGAACAAUUUUGGAUGCGAAGUAUCCCGCGGCAUUAUCGAUACGCCUCCACCCUUGACGCCCGCGAGAAUCCAGGAGCUCCAAACUACUCGUGGCCCCUUUUCCUUCAAUUUUUUUCCCUUUUUUUUUAAAAACCGUGUGUGAUAAACGUCUGCGGGCGAGGCUUCUCGGGUUCAUUCGUCAUUCGGUCGCUGACAGCGCUCCGAUUUCCAUCCCUUACUUCUACUCUUGCGCUCUGCACUUUGAAAAGCGCCCAUUGUUGGGUCAGGGUUCGAUACAUUCUCGUCGUAAAUACUCCUGAUUGUGAAUUUGUAUUCUCGGUUUUGAUAGUGAAACUACGAUCGUAUUUUCGAUACCGAUCUUCCUUGUAAAUAAUUGCUCGCUCGAAUGCGGGAGAACAAGCGGUAUAAAAUGUGUCCUCCUUCAGAGGAGGAAACGGAACUACCAAAUUUUAAUGCAACAAUAAUCUUAAUCUUACGAUCGCAGCUGCAUUACGUAUUCUGCACUCACUCAUAUCCCUGCGUCGAACUAUUGGCUAUCAGCUAAUCGAAUCGCGGAAACAAAUUUUCGUGAACCGUAUUCGCUGAGCGUUCCUCCCUCCUCAAGGAGGAGCCGGGAAUUCGUAUUAUUUCCCAUAUCCGGCGUCUUCUCGAGAGAGCCGGCCACGUAAUCCAGUGACGAGCAUAUCCCGCGCAACCGGCCACGCUAUUUCCAUUUAUGGUCGGCGAUACGUGGAAGAAAAAGAUAUGAAGUCACGUAAAUCGUCACGGAACAGAGACACGCGGCGAAUAUGGCGGAACGGUCCGAAACUUCCGGUCGAGGGCGGAGGGUCGACCGUGCCGUCCGAUAGAGACAAGCCACACCAUUAAGCGGCGUGAUACCCCAUACAAAUCACGUCGAUCCGCGAUUUAUGGUCCGUUCACCCUCUCACGCCGUCGCGUUAUCAGCCCUACCGGUUACCGUUCCCGAAACGAGAAUCCCGCAUUCCGGGAGUACUUUGUUUUCACACUGUCCGAGCCUGCCUCUUUUUUCCCCAUUUGCUGUUCGUUUUAAUACGUUUCGUGGUCUCUUCUUGACGCCGACGCUGUUCAUACUCUCAUUAUUUAGAGACUCCGUCCUCACGUCAUUUGCAAAAUUUCGUGCUGAUAAAUAUCUACAACUUUUGAUAUCUGAAUUCCUUCAGGUUCUCCGUAUAUUUAAUCAUCGUCGGAAAUCUGUUUACACUAGUUUACAGCGUCUCCUUCGAAUCCCGCGAGGCUCGCAAUGUUUCAUUUAGCUCUGGUAAUCUCGCUAACCAUUUAUCCGUACUCAGAGCCACUAACCCAAUUAACCCGGAACUGGCUUCGGCGACGUAUCGUAAUGUUUUGUGUUGUGCAGGAACUUUUAGCUAUCAUCAUCGAUCUUUCCUUGAUUCUGUACUUUCGACGCUUGUCUACGAGUAAUUCGUUGUAUAUGUUUCGCGAAAGUAGAUCGAGUUGUAGUUUUAAUUACUACAGACGUGAGUACAAUCGUGCAAAUAUCGUAUUUCUAAACGCGCUAAUUGGUAUUUCCUCUCUCGAAAAAGUACGUUAUAGAAGUUGUUUAUUCCCGUUUGGUUUAAAUUUGAAGCCUCUUUGCAGUCUCGUAUAGUAUUACCAAUGAGAAAUGUAUUAAAUUUCUUCUGUGCUGAACAGAAUGGAAAAUAAUAUUAAUUAAUACAUUGAAUUUAAUUAAAAACAGGAUGGAAAAAAUUGAACAUAAGAUUAUUGACAUUUCAUAUCAUAUUCUUUUGUGCUACUCUUAAAGCUGCAAUCCGGUCUACCGUGAGAUACCCGUGUAUCAUUCUGAUUUAUUUUCCAUUCUGGUUAUUCGAUAUUAAUGACGAUUCACCCUUUGAGUUCCUCGCCAUCCACACGAACUUCGUAUCAAUCGACCCUCGCGAGUCCGUCGACACGAGCAUAAAUUCAUGACCAAGUCUCGUUUGGGUGUAUUCCCAUUUUCGCCGGCCGUCUUUUUUCCAGGUCCCGUCCAUUCUUUCCGCUCUCCGCACCGCUUUUGUCGCGCGUUACGCUCCGCGGCUGGUCCGCCUUUGCACGCCGACUUUUAAACUAUUUACCCGUGGCUCUUUGUGCAAUAUCUUUUUCUCUUUUCUUCUUUUGCCUUUCAUUCUUUGAUUCCGAACGGUAAAUGCAGGGGCCGGCGUAAUGCGCGCGCGUAGUCCUCGCGUUUUUUUCCCGAGGAAAAGCGAGCCUGUGGAAAAAAUGGCGGAGAGCGUGACGUCAGAACAUCUGCAUUCAUCGGCGAGCACAAAACGUCGGUGUUUGUUUGACCGGUUUUAAAGGAUCUCCGAUUUUUUCUCCUGCCGGCCAUUCUUGCGAUUAAAAUUCCGUUUCCCCGUUCUCAUUCCUACCCCUCAAUUUUCACCGGGAUUAUUUUUCGUUUUAUUUUACGUUCGAAAUAGAAGUCGUGCCGAGCACAUGAGAAACGACCCGAAAAUUUUCUCCGCGAUUGUCGUGUAUUUUGGUAGAUCGGUGGAAUUUUAGAAAAAGCAUCGGUCGGUCAUUUGUCAUGGUCACCGAUUUUGUUCAAUGUUCAUUUACGAUCUUUCCACCUUUCGACUUAUUUUAGUUCUUUUAAUUUAUUACGUAAAGUAAGUAUUGUACCAUUGAAAUAAUUAAAACAAGUUUUUCCGGCAUCGUUGGUUCAAAGUAUGAGACUAUCAAUUUAGAGUUCAAUAGUGAAGGUAAAAGUACACUAUACUAGUUUUUGGAUAAUUAUUAGUGAUUGUUUGUGAUGGUAAAUUAUUGCUAGAGUAUUACGUAAGAGUAACUAGAGAUCCCUUUUCGAUUAAUGUUUAAUUCUUGUUCCUAACAUCGUUCAAGUUUGUAUAGAACCAUACUUUCCAAUAUAUCAUUCAUAUUUGUUCGUUGAAUACGUACAUAGUUUUUUUUUCUCGUUCCUGCAAUGAAAUGUAAUUUUCCAAAUAUCAGUUUCAUACUUGACUCCAAUAAUAUAUCAAUAUUCAGUUGCAAAAGCGUGUAUAAAUAACUUCAAUCGAUUUCAUGAUCAAGCAAACGAUUAUUAUCUUUAUUGAAAAUCUCCAUUUCUGUUUUAUACACGCGUCGUUCCGAUUUUUUUUUGUUUCCUCAUUCUCAGCUCUCUUCUUGUUCUUUAUUAA